AUGAUGUUCAGCGCUCGGGCGUACAAAGUAGACAUCGACACACAGACAGGUGUAGAGACGAUCACUGUAGAGGAAGGGGAGACAAUUUUGCAGGCAGCCCUUGACAAGGGAAUAGAACUCACACACGAUUGCAAAAUGGGAGUCUGCAUGACGUGCCCAGCUCGACUGCUCUCUGGCGAGGUAGAUCAGAGCGCUGGGAUGCUGGAUGAGACAGCAAAGGAGAAAGGCUAUGCGCUGAUGUGCGUUGCAGAGCCUCAGAGUGACUGCAGAAUCAAGGUCAUUGAAGAG